AUGACCAAGGUUCUACUCACUGGUGGCUCAGGCUUUAUUGCCGCCCACAUCCUCGACCAGCUUCUCGAAAAGGACUACACCGUCGUCACCACCGUCCGCUCCGAGGCCAAGGCCCAAAAGAUCCGCGACGCCCACCCGGGAGAGGCCGCCGACGGCAAGCUCGAGGUGGUCAUCGUGCCGGACAUUGCUCAGCCGGGGGCUUUUGACGAGGUGGCCAAGACGCCUGGCAUCGAUGCCGUGUUGCACACUGCGAGCCCCUUUCACUUCAAUAUCACUGAUCCCAAGAAGGAUCUGGUUGAUCCCGCUGUUAUUGGCACGACGGGUAUUCUCAAGGCCCUUCACGCCUCGGCACCGUCUGUGAAGCGUGUCGUCAUCACGUCGUCGUUUGCCUCAAUCCUAGACGAAGACAAGUUUACUGACCCUUCAACCACCUUUUCCGAGGCGAGCUGGAACCCAGUCACCGUCAACGACAUCUCGCGAUCCCCUGCGACUGCUUACCGCGCCUCAAAGACUCUCGCCGAGCGUGCGGCCUGGGACUUUGUCGCUACCGAGAAGCCUUCUUUUGAUCUGGUGACUGUGUGUCCGCCUCUCGUCCUCGGUCCUGUCUCCAAGCAUCUCGCUACUCUGGAGAGCAUCAACACAUCCAACGAACGUGUCGUCAGCCUGCUCCGCGGCGGUUGGAAGGAUAGUAUCCCCCCAUGCACACCCGUGCCCCUCUGGAUCGACGUCCGAGAUGCCGCCCGCGCCCACGUCCGCGGUCUAGAGAACUCCGAAGCUGGUGGUAAGCGACUCUUUGCCACAGCCGGCUGGUUCUCCCACCGCGAGUUUGUCGACGCUGUGCAGCGCAACUUUCCCGAGUUUGCAGACAAGCUGCCUGGGCCCGAGGUCAAGGGGGGCGAGUUACCGCCAAAGGACCAGAUCUUCAAGUACAACGUUGACGAGACCAACAAGAUUCUGGGCAUCGACUGGAUCAAGGUUGACGAGAGUGCCAUUGACUUGGUCAAGUCGCUGAAGGAGCUGGGCAUUUAA